CUACUGACAAAAGCUUCAACUCCUCAACAACAAGAUAAACAGAAGAACGAGCUUUGAAGAAAAUACAGAAGCAUGGACUCAGUGGGAGUGAAUCUGAUAAAAGCAGCUGCUCUUGGGAGACCCUUCCAGCUCGGCAUGCUGUAUGACUGCAGAAAAGACGAGUUAAUAGCAGGAAUCAGACUUUGGAAUAAAGAACAGCUGGAGCAGAAUAUUGGUGCUCGCCCCCAGAUUAAUACAGAUUUCAAUGUCACAGCUUCAGACUCCAUUAAGGACAAAUCUAACUUACUAAAUAUUGAAGGUGGACUGAACCUGAGUGUCUUAGGUGGACUCGUCCAGGUUAGUGGUGCAGCAAAGUAUCUCAAAGACACCAAGACGUCUUUCAUACAGCAGAGACUGACGCUACAUUAUCAUUCAACCAGCGAGUUUAAAGAACUGACCGUGAAUCAGUUACCUUCUGAAAAUAUUCCUGAUGAUGAUAAUGACAUAGCCACACAUGUAGUAACAGGAAUACUGUAUGGAGCAGAUGCCUGCUUUGUGUUUGACAGACAAGUUUCUUCAGAUGAGGACAAAAGGACAGUAAAAGGAGAAGUAAAAAUGGCUCUAGAGAAACUGCUGGGUGUCAUUUCAGUAGAUGCAAACGCUGACCUGAACAUGAAUGACAAAGAGAAAACUGCAGUGAAAAACUUCACAUGCACAUUUUAUGGCGACUUCCAGCUGCCGUCUAACCCGACCACUUUUGAAGAUGCGAUGAAGGUUUUUGCUGAUCUUCCGAAACUGCUGAAAGAAAACCAACAGCUGGCGGUUCCUCUGAGAGUUUGGCUUUAUCCUCUGGACAAACUUCGCUCAAGAGCUUCAAAACUUCUGAAAGACAUCAGCAUGGAUCUAAUGUUAGAAACCGAAUCAGUGGUUGAGAGUUUAUAUACAGCUGAGAUGAAAUGCAGUGAUCUUCUGGAAGACUCUCCUGCUGUGACUUUUGCUGCAUUUCAUGAUAAAAUUCUGCAAAUGAAGCAAAACUGCUACAAGUACAAGUUGAGGCUGGUGAAGAAACUCGGCUCUCUGCUGCCAAACAUCCGUGGAGACAAGAUGAAGGAAACAGCACUGAAUGAUCUUCUACAAGAACAUGAAGAAUCUCCAUUCAAUGAAAGGGACCUCACAGAAUGGCUGAAAGAGAGAGAAAGAGAGUCUGAGAUCAUUAAGACAGUCCUCAGACAGCUGAAGGAUUACGGUGCACAGGUGGAAGUCAACAUAGAUGCCAUCAUGAUGGAUCUGGAGGUUGGAAAUCUGGUCAGUUACACGUUCACAUCUCUGAACUGGUCAGACACGAUCCUUCAUAAACAAAAGGCCUAUCUGAGUUCUUCAACAAAAGGAGAAAAUGUAGAGAUAAGCCCUGAUAUCAAGCAAAAGUCUUGGCUCACGGCCAAUAUCCAAAAGACCAUGAGGAGAAACCUGGAGAUAUUUAAGAACCUGAUGAAUUCAAAGGACUGUAAACCAGCCACGUUUAUUGUGUCCUCAAAAGAAAUGGUGAAUAAUCCUGGUUCCUGCAUUCUGUUGUAUGAAAGUGAAUGUGAAGAAGCUGUGUGCUUCACUCCUCCAUCCAAACCAGUCUGUCCAGUCACUGAAGAGCUCAAAGGUCAGAGUGUGGUUCUGAAGGUGCAUCCACCAUGUCCUGCUACAGUGGAGCUCAGGUUACUGUAUAAAGUGAAGCAGGACUCAGUCUGGAGAUCUGAAGCUGUGCUGAAGGAUCAACACACAGUUACUCUGACUGAUCUGAGAGAAGAAGCUGAGUAUGAGAUCAAAUGUGCUGCGCUGGGGAAACUCAACUACACCGUAGACAGUGAUGUUAUGCAUCUAAGGAUCAUUGAGAAGAAGCUCAUCACGGCAUUAGAUUGUGUUACUGAUAAUCUGAGCUUCACUGAAAACAAAUGCAGUGAACUGUUGAAAGACCCCAGGACAAACACAUUUAGCGCAUUUCACAAGAAGAUUGAAGAUAUGAAGCGAUUCUGCCAAAUCUACAGACAAGAUUUCAGUGUUAAAAUUCAGUCGCUGAUCCGGUCAGUUCAAGCCUGUAAAGAAGAGACUCGUGCUUUGACCAGUUUUCUACAAGUCCAUGAGGAGUCUCCAUUUAACACACAGGAUCUCACAGAGUGGAUCAGAGAGAAAGAGAAAGAAUUAAACACAGUUAAUGAGUUUCUUCAACAAUUACUGGACUUUGGAGCUGAAGUGAAUACAAGCUUAGAUACAGUUUUGUCAGAUGUUAAGGUGGAGAAUGUGGUUUGCUACACGUUUAGUUCCCUUGAGCAGACAGACAAGCUGCUUUCUGAACAAGAACAUUACCUGAAAGCUCAAACAGUGCGGAUGAAUCCAGGAGCUUCUCCUCGAGUAUUGACGUGGCUCACUGGAAACAUUAGAGAGAAAAUGAGAGAACAUUUAUUAAUUUUUAAGGAGCUGAUGACAUUGCAUAACAGUCAGUCCACUAAAUGUAUUGUUUCCUCAAUAGACCACAAAAAUCAUCCUGGUUCCUGCAUUCUGCUGUAUGAACAUGGAUGUUUGGCUCUGUGUCUUCCUCCACGUCUCAUUCACACGACAGAUUGA